UUGAAGGUUAUGUGGGCGCUAGGACCGCGGGGACAAGCGGUGUAGAGUUUAACUGAGAAAGCGGUGUCGGAUGCUUCCAACACCAUAAACGCGAAGAGGCUGCUUCCCCUUCGCGGGACCUGGGGCAGAGACUCGAAAUUAGAGUCGCUUCCAGAGCAAGGCUCGGCUCGGCUCGGCUUAGAUCGGCUCCGAUCGGCUCGGCUCGGACACGUACGGCGGAGUCAAGGGGAACUCCUGGUGAGCCGAAAGUCUGGAAUUCAGACCUGUCAUACUUCGAAAUGAGAUGGAAGUUUGUUGGAGAGCCACUAUACCCAGCGCUUUUCGCGAAGAGGAAAACGUGAACGGGAUUUAAUUUCAAAGAUUUAUGAAACUUAUUUCAGCGAAAUAAACGGUCAGCGUCAACCCAGCCAUGACAGCACGUCAGGGAGUUGCCAACUACUGUUUUUUCUUCACCAUGCUCCUGCUGCCGUUCCCCCCCGCAAUGCCAUUCCGAAGGCCCCCUGACCCACACCGAGCCCACCUCCCAUCCCUGGUGGCCCACACCCCCCAAUCCCUGUCCCGCUCUCGCUUCAGUGCUCAGGCCCAGCUGGAUUUCAGCACCCACUGCACUGCCAGUUGCUACCACAAGGAGCUCAGGCCAGAGGUACUGACCGAUCAGCUUGCGUUUGAGACACUGUAUUCUGAUGGCUCCCGCACGCUGACCACCAUUGACCUAGAGGUCAUGGAUGAGGAUGAAGUUAAUCAGAGCACUGCAGUUCAGCCUCCCACCACAAGGGGCAACCAAAUCGUGAGGCGGAAACGGCAGAUCUACGGUGCCGAUGGCCGCUUCAACAUCCGCGGCGACCACUUCCUGCUGGAUUACCCCUUCUCCACGGCAGUGCGCAUCUCGACGGGGUGCACAGGUGUCCUGGUGUCCCAGCGACACGUGCUCACUGCUGCCCACUGCGUGCAUGAUGGGAAGGAUUACGUGAAAGGGGCCCGCAAGCUGAGAGUGGGCUUCCUGGUACCGCCACCUGCCAACAGCAGCCGCCCCGGGAAGCCCCUGGUGCGCUGGGUACGGGUUCGACGGACCCGGGUCCCCAAAGGCUGGAUUCAGGGGCCACAGGAUGCCAGCAUGGAUUUCGACUAUGCCUUGCUGGAGCUGUGUUGGCCUCACCGCCGUCCCUUCAUGCGCCUGUCGGUGGCACCAUCCUCCAAGAAUCUGGCAGGCCGCCGGAUCCACUUCUCUGGGUUCGACAGCGACCGACCAGGGGAACUGGUGUACCGCUUCUGUCCUGUAGAGGACGAGUCCAACGACUUGAUCUACCAGCACUGUGACGCCCGGCCAGGGGCCAGCGGCUCAGGGGUGUACGGCCGGGUGUGGGACCGUGUCCUGGAGCGCUGGGAGCGCAAGGUCAUUGGCGUCUUCUCUGGCCACCAGUGGCUGGAGAUAGACGGCGAAAACCGCGAUUUCAAUGUGGCCGUUCGCUUCACCCCACUCAAAUUCGCGCAGAUCUGCUACUGGGUGCAUGGUAAUCACGUGGACUGCAGUCAGGACUGAAUUGGAUGUGGAGGGGGGCACUGGAUUCAGAAAGUAGAGUUUAUAUGGGGGGGGGGGGGUUGAAAUGGAAAGAGAUAUUGCAGCUUAAGUGUGGGCCCGAAAAGUAGCUUUUUUUGAAAUCCAGAAUGAACUAGAUUAAGAAGCUGAAGUAAACACGAGGUUUGGAUCAAAUCAGGCAUCGUUGCUAAAGUGGAAAAAUGUAUUCUGAAACCGAAUAAGAGUCAGAAAUGGCUGAAUGUGGGGUUUUGACUCUACGCCCCACUUUUCUCUGUUUUUCUCUUUGCCCGAGAGCUUGCCGUAACUCAAUGCUCAAACGGACUGGCCUGUCAGCUGCAUUUUGGCAGAAGCACUUUUUUUCCUGUUUAUAGGAAGCCUUUCUCCCUGGAUCCUGGACGACCACCUUUCUCCACGUUGGUGCCACGGUGCCACUCAGACACGGUCUCUCUCGCCAAUUGCCAGGGGUGUACAAAGAACCUGUCACAUUCACCGCAUCCUGUGCCACAAGACCUUUUCCUGAUGCGUGAUGUGAAUCCGAGGCGUCUGUAGAGAAACUGAUCAUAAGGGAAAUGGGGUGGGGGGUGAGUGUGUGUUAGCGUGCGUAGUGCAGUGAGUGUGUGUUUGUGUAUAGCACUGUGUGUGUGUUUGUGCCUGGUGCAGGCUAUGUAUCUGUGCAGUGCAGUGGGUGUUUGUGCCUAGUGCAGUGGGUGUUUGUGCAUAGUGCAGUGUGUGUGUUUGUGCAUAAUGCAUUAUGGAUUUUUGGCCAUAGUGCAGUGAGUGUGUGUUUCUGCAUAGAGCUGUGUAUGUCUGUGCAUAAUGCAGUGGGUGUGUGUUUAUGACCAAAAUCCAGUUUUUAUAUUUUCAAAGUCAGGAUGUUAUUUGGUUUAUGGGAAUGUUUACACUGUGCAAGAACUUAGGUGGCUAAGCAACUGGGACUGGCACAUUUUCCAGGAGGGUCGCUGCUGUUGUACCCAUGAGGGACAUCCAGCUGUACAUUAUUCUCCAAAAUACUAAUAUGUAUCACAUUCUCUCCUGCAUUGGAUAAUUACAUCUGCUAAGCAACUACACCAUACAGCAAAGCUACAGCUAGCUGGAUAUUUUCUAUAUAAACUGCAUAUGAUGCAAGCUUCUCAGAAAUGAUGGCUCCCAUGAAGAUCCGAAGAACCGCUGGCCCAAACCAGCGACGAUCCCCAGAGUCAGACUACCUGUGAUCUCAAUGCCGGUGGACUGGCCUACCAGUCACCAACAUGCCUAUGGACUGGUCUGCAUGUGAGCCACAUCCACAGCUCUGUGCACCUGCAAUCGAUGAGAUGGUCUUCCUGUGAUGCUUACCUAGAUGCUCAUCUCAUGCACAUUCCAACCGCAUCAGAAUCUAUAAUUGAGGAACCACUGACUUUCUCACAAAUGCAAUAACAGCAUCUUCCUUCCAAGCAGGAGUAUUUCAUUUGUUUUAAAAAUGCUUUUCUCUAUUUUAUUAAACUAUAUCAUUGCCUA